CGGGCAAAGCGGAGGGCAGGAGCCCGGCCGGCGGGUGCGCGCGCCAUGGAACAGCGGUUAGCCGAGUUCCGAGAGGCCAGGAAACGGGCAGGGCUGGCGGCCGAACCCAACACUUCGAGCCGGAGUGCACAAACCUCAGGGAAGAAGGCGGAAGCAGCUGCGACUCCAAAGGCAGCUCCAGGCUGGCUAAAACGGUUCCUGGUGUGGAAACCGAGGCCCGCGAAUAUCCGGGCCCAGCCCAGCCUCGCUCAGGAAGUGGCUCAGCUGGGGAGCAGCACGUCACAGCCACCACGGAACACAGCCAUUCCUCUGCCUUCAGCACAGGACCAGUCUUUCCUGAUCAACAUCACCUUCUUGAAGGUUCUUCUCUGGUUGGUCUUGCUGGGAUUGUUUGUGGAACUGGAAUUUGGCCUGGCCUAUUUUGUCCUCUCCUUGUUCUACUGGAUGUAUGUCGGGACACGAGGCCCCGAAGAGAGGAAAGAGGGAGAGAAGAGCGCCUACUCGGUAUUCAACCCAGGCUGCGAAGCCAUCCAGGGCACCCUGACAGCAGAGCAGUUGGAACGCGAGUUACAGUUUAGACCCCUCGAGGGGAGAUAGGCCCUGCUCUCUUGCAGCUAGCCUCCCACAUGGCUCCCUCAUAGCCUCUGGACAUGGGCUCGUGGGUUUGAUUUCAAGUGCCCAAGACCUUAUAAGAGCAGCUUGCAGGUUAGUUCUGUGGCUGUGAACUUCUGCAUUCUUUCCCCAAUCUUCUGCUGCGGUUUUAUCAUUGAACUUCUCUUUGGUUUUGGUGAAACCCCUUGAAUGACACUCAGUGUGGAUAUGAUGCCCUUUAUAAAAAGUACAUACUCAAAAAAGAGA